AAAACGAGAAAAUGUUUUUGGAUACUCCACAAAAGCCACCACGAACCUUGCGAUAUGUGCAAAAAGCAUUCGAACAAGUUAAAUCGAAAAAAAAUGUACAAGAUGUAGUGAUCCUCAACGAUUCGGGACAUCCGGUGAUGAGUACGAUGGCCCGAAACGAUGCUGUGCAAUUUUCAGGACCUUUUCAGGCUAUUCGAGGAAGACUAGAACGUGGGAUGAGUAAUAUAGAUCCCACGGACGAACUGCUAAUAAUGAGAGUACGCACAAGAACUAAUGAGGUGCUCCUAGUGCCGGACUCCAAGAUAACAAUAAUCGUAGUGCAGAACGCGCGCGAUUACUUUGAAAAAUGA